AAACAAAAACUCCGUUUCGCGCAUUUCCCCUACCACUGCUGACGAGUCUGACGACACGUAAUAACAUUAUAGCGUACGUAAACAUUCCACGUUUCGCGGACGCAUCAUAACUCCGAUUAUUCCGAAAGAAGCGAAAAAAUUUGAAGAAGAUACAAUUGCAUUUAUCGUGUUCACGGAAAUCUAUUUGCAAUUAAGCGUUGAUUCACACAGCUGCGUAAUCUUGAACAUAUUUUAUCAUUUCUUUGUCUAGAUCGGACUUGUCAUUCUAGUAGAUAAAUGAUCGGUGAAAAAACGGAUAGGAAGAUCAAUGAAAAUGAAAAAAUUAAUAACGUUGUGCGGCAAAGUGUAGACAUAUUAUUUUGACAGUAUUUUUUUACAUAGUUAUGAAUAACUCAUCAAUGGAUUGUAGAUACUUAUUUCCAUGCACAUACAUCUGUCAGUAUUCCAUAGCUGAUUGAACAUAUAUUUAUACAUAUGUUUUGUGCUCUGUGAUAGAGAAUUUUUACAUUUCUCUUUGUGUAUUUUUUGUGUCAAAUAUGUAAGCACAAAGUAUUUUGUAGAUCUGUGCGUGUAAAAUACACAUUUAUGUAUACAUAUUAGAACCAAAGAUUAAAAUAACGGAGCAAUACUUUUAUUUAUAAUGAUCUGAGAGAUUUAACACAAUUAGAACACAUAGUAAGAUAUAUGUGUGUGUUAAAAUAUUGAAUAAAGUCAAAAAAAAGUAUUAAAAUAUGAAUGGACCAACAAGAGAUUUGCCAUGUGGCAUACAAGUCUUCCAGUAUGUAUAUAAUAGGUGCUUCGAACGUUACCCUAUUAACCAAAAGAGAUGGCAUCAAGGAGGAAUACUGGUGCUUACUUAUUUAGCGUACACUUGUUACCAUUUGACUCGAAAGCCAAUAUCUGUAGUGAAAAAUGUCCUAGAAGGCAACUGGGCUCCAUUUGAUACAGCAGAUGCAAAAGCAUUACUUGGUACACUGGACUCAGCAUUUUUAUUUGCAUACGCAGGAGCUAUGUUUUUCAGUGGUUUUAUAGCCGAGAGAGUAAAUUUGCGAUACUUCCUUUCACUUGGUAUGCUUACAUCAGGUAUAUCAUGUUACCUAUUUGGAAUUGCUAGGUCAUACAAUAUUCAUAGUUUGUGGUACUUCGUUCUCGUACAGGCAAUAGGAGGAAUAUUUCAAACUUCCGGAUGGCCGGGUGUAGUAACAGUUAUGGGAAAUUGGUUUGGAAAGAGCAAACGUGGCUUAAUCUUUGGAAUCUGGAACUCUCACACGUCAUUGGGAAAUAUAUUAGGCAGUUUAAUCGCAACCGCGUACUUAGAGUCUGAUUGGAGUCUGAGCUUUAUGAUGCCCGGAGCGAUAAUGGGUCUGGUGGGAUUCAUCAUCUUUCUGUUCUUAAUACCGAAUCCUGUCGACAUUGGAUACAGCUCGUUUGCUUCUCACGGAUAUCGAAAGAUCGAUGCGACUAACAGUUCAGACGAUGACGUGGCCGACGAAGGUGACAAUUCUCAUAGUAUAGGCGAAGAUCGUGUCAUCUAUCGGUGUGUAUACCGUGACCAACUUGCUUCCGAAGAUCCGAACAGUGGGCGAUCCGAGACUAGUCCGAUGUUAGCGGGACAUCGCAGCAAUUCAACUUCAUCUCGCAACAGCGCAAUCGGAUUUAUGGGAGCUAUAAAGAUACCGGGUGUCAUCGAAUAUUCUUUGUCACUGUUUUUCGCAAAACUUGUUAGCUAUACAUUCCUCUUCUGGUUACCCAAAUACAUCGACGCUUCAACUACGUAUGGCGCAACUACGAGCGCUCUUUUGUCAGUAUUAUUCGAUGUUGGCGGUAUAGCGGGAGCUAUAGCGGCUGGAGUUAUCUCCGAUUACAGCGGUAUGAGCGCCUUGACGUGCGUCGCGAUGUUUGGACUUGCAUUUCCCACGUUAUUUGUAUACGAUUACGUAGGCAACAUCGAUCUGAGUUUGAACAUAAUAUUAUUACUAAUAGCGGGAGUAUUGGUAAACGGGCCUUACGCAUUGAUAACAACUGCCGUGUCAACUGAAUUAGGAACUCAUUCUAGCUUGGGAGAUGAUUCCAAAGCUUUAGCGACAGUGACUGCUAUCAUCGACGGUACUGGUAGUAUCGGCGCUGCCAUUGGCCCGUUGCUCGCGGGUAUAGUAUCUCGAUGGAGCGGAUGGCACAGUGUGUUCUACAUGCUUAUGUCCGCAGAUUUGCUAGCUUUAUUGUUUUUGUCUCGAUUAGUUUACAAAGAUGUGAGAUCAUUUAUACAGAGACGAAGAGUUCUUCAUAUUUAGACUUUAAAUAAGCUGCUCUACAGCUGACGUAUAGAAUUAUAUAAAAAUUUUUUUAUGUAAUUAUAUCUGUAAAUAUAACAGACUCAAAACAUUGUGCAAAAGCGAAACUUGAGAAUGCAAAAUAUAUUAAAUUUUUUAAUCUACAGAAAUAAAUAUUUUUGACAGUA